UGUUACUCAUACCAAUAGGGAGAGGGUUUUGGUGAACUCAAAUGCCCGAUUUGGGGCUUCGGAAAGUUGUGUGGCAGUUGUGUUCACAUUUGUACAGUGAAGCUGGUUAUUCAGUGAUUCAAAUUGCCAUUGCAUAUGUGCCAUACUAGUUGCAAAGCUGUCUUUUGAAUCACAAUUAUCUUAACAAUUUGCUUAAAGUCUUAGGUUUUAACCCCGCAUAUAAACAAGAUGCCCAGAAGGCCUAGAAAGCACCGCCAGUUGAUGGGAACCCAACCUUUGACUUUCUCCCGAUUCUCUCGCUCAGUUGCUCAAGUUGCUUCUAUUUGUUCAGUCAGGUACCAAAUGCGCGAGUCCAAACUGUCCAGUCCUGAUCCUGAAGGUAUUAGAUUUUCUGGGAAUGAUUCGAAAGAGAAGAAUGAAGUAUCUGAGGAACUGGAUUCUGAAGGGGUUGUCCAAGCAGAUUUUGCCUUCUUUGACCCAAAACCUGAUGACUUUCACGGAGUGAAGAUUUUAUUGCAGACAUACCUGGAUGAUAAGCAAUGGGAUUUAAGUGGUUUUGUUGACUUGAUUUUGGAACAGACGACUGUGGGAACUGUUGUAAAGAUUGAGGAUGAUGAAGAUGAUGGACUUUUUUCUAUUAUCACUGCCCUGAACCUGGGAAGAUACAAGGGCCAUAAAUCCAUUAAAGAGCUCAAGGAGUUCCUCCUUAAAGCGUGUAAGCAGAAAGAUGUAAUGAAGAGCUUAAGGUCACUUUUGGAAGAGCAAGCGCAGAGUGUGGGCCUCUUGGUAUCUCAGCGAGUGGUGAAUCUUCCCCCCCAGCUUUUGCCACCACUUUACGAUGCCCUCUUUGAUGAAAUAUCAUGGGCUAUAGAGGAUGAGCCAACAAAAGAGCUCAGGAACUCCUUCUGUUUUAAGAACUACCUAAUUGCCACUAAAAUUUACAGGCACAAUAAUGCGGACCAGAAAAAGUGGCAAAACAGCCACAGUGAUGAGGCAAUAAUAUACAUUAAGCCAGAAGAUGAAAUUUUUCACCAGCUCUGCUUGUGGUCCUUCAUGUUUCCUUUGCGGACUCAGCAAGUUGCUGCACAAGAGCUAAGGAAUUAUCAGUCAAUGGGAUUAGUCAUGGCUGUCGAGGCAGAAAAAAUUCCUACAUUUCAAAAGCAGUUGCACUCCUUUAUUCAUGAAUUGUGAGUUUUACGGGAGGUGCAUCAGUUUUCGGUUUGACUAGCAUCUCUGUUUUUUUCAACGAUUCCAUGAAAGCAUUCUGAUGCGGAAAGGUCGACUCUUUUCAUGCACCAGUGAGUUUAGUUUGUGUUUGGUGGAUAACAACUUAUCAGGUGUCUGUAAUUCUGUAUUCUUCCUAUUCCGUUUUAUUUAUGUUUGUGGAUUCCCUUUAGCCACUAGUUUUGCGCAUUUUUAUGCUUCUUAGCUUUGUCCUUGUGACCAUGGUUUAAGUUUGGUUAACGUAGUAUCGUCUGGUCUAGUUGAUAAGUUGUAUCAAUUGCAAUUGUUCUCUUUUGUUUCAUUUGCUGAA